UCGGAUGUCAGGCAGGGGCUGAAGAGAAGGAACAGAGGCAAAGGGAGACAGGGGGAGGUAGCUGGGUUACACCAUGUGACCCCGCCAGCUGUUGCUUCAUGCUGCUGGGAGGACAGAGAGGGAGGUGAGAGGCAAAAAACAAACCCAGGGGAGAACGAGGGGAGGGGUGGAGAGCUUUCACGGCAUAGAAUGUGACCGGUGACAAUCCCUUCUGCAGGGGGAGAGAGAGGCAGCAGGGGAUGAACACACACACACACACACACGUUCAGACAGGGCUGCGCAGAGCGGGAGCUCACACACACACACACACACACCUCUUGUGAUUCAGCAGAACAGAUUUAUUCGUCACCUCAUCCUCACGCAGCGAGCCGCCUGCAAAACACACACGAGACAAUCCCGGCACACCCGCCGCGUGCGUCAACCCGCCGCUCCGUCUGCGCCGACUGACGGCUCCGUUUUCAACCCGGACUGCGUGCUUACUUGCGCCUACUGCGUCUGUGUGAGUGUGUGUCUGUGUUUGUGGGAGGGAUCGGAGGGGGACACACACACGAGACCCCGAGACACGAGCGGCGAAUGUAAAUAAUGGGGAAACGAAACAGUGACGACUGCGUUGAGGAUGAGCCAAUGGAUGAACUGCGGGACAAAUAGGCAUCCCCCCACCCCCCUAAAAAAAAACUCGGCGGUGUCUGCACCCCUGGCUUGGGACCUCCCUGCAGGGAGAUGUUAAUUAUAAUGGGAUAGAUGCUCAGGUCUUCCCGUUGCCAUGGAUACCAGCACGCGAAAAUUCACCGUGCGGAGAUGGUUUUCCAUCUACCUGAAGAACAAGGCGGCAAGGAACAAGAACACCACCGGCUUCUGUCAACUGGAGGAUGAAAGUAUACUUAAGGAAAUUGACAUCAGCCACCAUGUUAAGGAGGGCUGUGAGAAAGCAGACCCCUCUCAGUUCCAGCUGCUCAAAGUGCUGGGACAGGGCUCCUAUGGAAAGGUGUUUUUGGUGAGAAAGAUCAGAGGAGUGGACAGAGGGCAGCUGUAUGCCAUGAAGGUCCUGAAGAAAGCCACACUGAAAGUCCGAGAUCGCGUGCGGUCUAAGAUGGAAAGAGACAUUCUGGCAGAAGUGAACCAUCCAUUUAUAGUUAAACUGCACUAUGCCUUCCAGACAGAAGGAAAGCUCUAUCUGAUCCUAGACUUCCUCAGAGGAGGAGAUCUUUUCACUCGACUGUCAAAGGAGGUAAUGUUUACUGAGGACGAUGUGAAGUUCUACCUUGCAGAGUUGGCUCUGGCCUUGGACCAUCUACACAGUUUGGGCAUCAUCUACAGGGACCUAAAACCUGAAAAUAUUCUUCUGGAUGAAGAAGGAAACAUUAAGAUAACAGACUUUGGAUUGAGUAAAGAGGCCAUUGACAAUGAUAAAAGAGCGUAUUCGUUCUGUGGAACAAUCGAAUACAUGGCUCCAGAGGUCGUGAACAGGAGGGGCCACACACAAAGUGCUGACUGGUGGUCAUUUGGGGUACUUAUGUUUGAGAUGUUGACAGGAUCGUUACCCUUCCAAGGAAAAGAUCGGAAGGAAACUAUGGCACUUAUACUGAAGGCUAAGCUGGGGAUGCCACAGUUUCUCAGUACUGAAGUGCAGAGUUUAUUAAGAGCGCUCUUCAAGAGGAAUCCUGCUAAUCGACUCGGUGCAGGACCCGACGGAGUGGAGGAAAUAAAAAGACAUCGCUUCUUUGCAUCGAUAGACUGGAACAAGUUGUUCAGGAAAGAAUUGAGGCCUCCAUUCAAACCCACUGUUGGAAGACCUGAAGACACUUUCCACUUUGAUCCUGAGUUCACCUCCAGAACACCCACAGAUUCUCCCGGAAUCCCUCCGAGCGCAAACACUCACCAGCUGUUUCGUGGCUUCAGCUUUGUUGCAACGAAUCAAAGUCAGGAGCCAAGCGCUGCUACGGUGGCACCUUCCCGUCAGGAGGUGAACAAAAUCAAUCCCAUAGCAAAGCACUUCCAAGGUGACGUGGCCUUCAGUGAUGUUUAUGAACUCAAGGGGGAAAUUGGACAGACGGCGACUUCUGUCUGCAGAAGUUGUCUACACAGAGUUACUGCUGUGGAGUAUUCAGUGAAGAUCAUUGAAAGAGCCAGGAAAGAUCCAUCAGAGGAGAUUGAGAUCCUGUUAAGAUAUGGACAGCAUCCAAAUAUUAUUACCCUGAAGGAUGUGUAUGACGACGGCCAAAGUGUGUACCUGGUACAGGAUUUACUGAGAGGAGAUGAGCUGCUGGACAGAGCUCUGACAGUGCCAAACUUUACAGAAAGAGAUGCGUCAGAUAUCAUCUGCACAUUGACAAAGACUGUGGAAUAUUUACACUCCCAGGGGGUCGUGCAUAGAGAUCUGAAGCCUAGUAACCUUCGCUAUUCGGAUGACAGUGGACUCCCAGAAUCCAUCAGGAUAUGUGAUUUUGGUUUUGCCAAACAACUCAGGGCUGAGAAUGGCUUGUUGAUGACUCCCUGUUACACAGCUACAUUCAUGGCUCCUGAGGUUCUGAAGAAGCAGGGUUAUGAUGCAGCCUGUGACAUCUGGAGCCUGGGGAUCCUGCUCUACACCAUGAUAGCGGGCUUCAGUCCAUUUGCAAGCAGUUCUGAGGACACAGCAGAGGAAAUUCUGGCUCAAAUCGGCUGCGGAAAAUUCAUCAUCACAGGAGGGAACUGGGGCCUUGUAUCAGACUCUAGCAAGGAGAUAGUGCUGAAGAUGCUUCACGUGGACCCCCACCAGCGCCUGACCGCUCCACAGGUUCUUCGUCAUCCCUGGAUUGUAGAAAGAGACCAACUCUCUGACAGAGCUCUGACCAGACAAGAUGCUCUUACUGUCAAGGGGGCGCUCUCCGCCACCUACUCUGCUCUGAAGCGCUGUGCUCCUGCUCCAUUAUUGGAGCCGGUUCAGUCCUCCAGUCUGGCUCAACGAAGAGGAAAGAAAAAACUGGUGUGCCCCAAAUCUAAUUUAGACCCCACAGAAAAGCAAAGUCUCAACAAUUUGAAUGAAACUCAGAAGGAAUAAGACAUAAACACCCAUAAUUAAAGAAGGGACGUUACAAAGUGCUCUGUGAUCGAUGAAAACUAAAUGUAGCAGAUUUGAGGGAUUGUAUCACAAAUGGGACUACGGUUAUGUAAAGCAGUCUACAGGCACUAGUGUCACGACUAGCUUCAGUUCAAUUCAUUUAUUGUGUAAAUAGCAAAGCGUUUCCAUUUUUAUGGAACAUUCAUCGUGCGCACUUGUGAUUUUUAUUUGAUCACAACCCAACAGCUUGAAGAGCUUAACCAUUAUUACCCUAAAAUCAUAAACAAAUAUUAUUAAAUCAAUCAAUCCCGCGUCUGUCCUAUAAUUACAAUAAGCCCACCCCCAGCCCCCUGUAGGUUCAAUAGAAUGAAACAAAAUGAUUCCAAAUAAUAUUAUCUUAUUUAAACUUUGAGCCUGGUUGUCACGUAACCUUUUAAUAGUUAGAUGAUGGCUAUUGAAACUAAAAUAAACUAAACAAAUUGGCAGUCGGUAUUUAAUGUACGUCCAUGUUAUAUUUAUUUUUGGUCAUACAUCUAUUAUUUUAAAUUCUAAUGCAAUAUGGACAAAUAGUGAGUAUCUAAUUUGUCUGGUCACCAAAUUCAUAAUUAGCUGAAUUCAGUGCCACAAACAACAUGCCAAGUAGUCAAUUUACGUUUCAUUUUUAGUGUUUACAUGUAUGUUCCCAGGAGUUCAUUUCAUACAUUACAACAGUCUUCCACAGGCAUUUCUCUAACAUGUCUCCAACUAAAGAUACGUUGGAUCAUUAUCAUCCAACAAUAGAUAUAGGUUAGAGAAAUAUAUAUUUGAAUUAAGUACUCUCACACUUUACAUUUUUCCUACUAUCAAUCCUCUGAAUUAGACAUAUGCAUGUUAAAAAUGUAAAUAUCCUACCAAAGGGAACUCGUGAAGUUAACAAUGCCAUUGAAGUCUUAUUGUUAAUAAUAUGUUUAAUAAUUGUACGGUACGUAUUGUUGUCUUCCAUGAAUACAGCCUUUGAAUAUUGUAAAAUCUAUGGUGAAACGUAACACUACCGCACAUCCCAGAUCAGAUGGAACAGUGAGCUUUGAAAGUAUUUAUGUUGAACGUAGUUCGUUGUGUUUUUUCAUAACAUAUCCAAAAUGUUACUCAACUUAAGGGAAGUCAUAGAGGCGUGAAAACCGUGCGAGCGUCUUAUUGCUGUUCGGUAAAUGUCACGCUCAUAGUAAAACUCUGCGGCUACAUUAUUUUGAAAUAGUAACUCAGCAAUCAGUGUGAUGGAUCAUCUUUCAGUGUGCGCUUGAGUGUGUCGAGUAGCUGACGGCACAACGCAGUUUGUGUCUGAAAACCAAAAUGUUUGACAACCACUGUGUCAGAGCAUUGUACAUAGGUCCACUGUCUAUUGCUGCUGCCCUGAUUGUAGCCACGAGGUAAAAAACGAGGUAAGACCGAACAGGGUGUUUUGCAGACAUGAGUUGCACCACUUUGCGGUGUUGUACAUUUACAUACAAUACAUCAUUACUGAACACACAUAGUGUCAUGUGCAACUGAUAAGCAAUGUAGCAGAGGAACAGUAAUUCUGUACAUAUUAUAUAUGCUGAUCCACAUGCUGGAUGUGUUGUGACACAUUGCACAACUGUGAGUGGUGGAGCUGGGACUGAUGCAACUCUGAGGAGGCAUAUGAGGUUGUAGAUAUUGUGUUGUUUAAGGUAUUGCUGUACAUACUGUUAACAAAUGUAGAUUGUACAUAAAGUGUUGGCAAGCAGUAAGACUGUAUAUAUUGUGUUUGCAUAUAUAUAUAGAGAUUGUACAUAUUAUAUUGUCCAUUGCGAUCCAUUGCUCAGAGUGUACAAACUGUCUAUACCUGCCCAAUCACUGAAAUUAUUGGCUAGAAUGCCAAACUUUUACAAAUAAAGGAAAACAAUAGCGUGUUGCUGUAUGUGUAAA